CUCACUCUGUCACCCAGGCUGGAGUGCAGUGGCAUGAUCUUGGCUCACUGCAGCUUUGACCUCCCAGGCUCAAGUAUUGUAAUUCAAGGCCGGGCGCAGUGGCUCACGCCUGUAAUCUCAGCACUUUGGGAGGCUGAGGCCGGU